AUGGAUAUAAAAUAUUAUUUGUUCGUAAUAGUCGUUUAUUUUGUAUUAUUAUUCAGUGGAUGCAAUGGUGUAAACAUUAACCGAGGGGAUUAUGUCUACAGAGCUAACACAUCGAAAGGGAUGCUGUCUAUGAUUUCGAUUAACUUGGAUACAGGAAUUGAGUCAUGCCCUUGUCGUAUAUAUAAUUAUUGUUUUAGUAUGUUUGCUUAUAAAUCUUUUGUUUUAUUUCUAGCCAUUUUUGGUGUUACAUUAAUUUUAGCAACAAUGGUUGCUGCUCAGCGAGCUACAAAAAUUCCAGUAAAACGUUCACCAAAAAAAUGA